AUGCUCUGCGGCAUCGCAGUUUCACGCUUAUCCCUCUUUGUCGCAACUGCUGCAAACACAUUGGCAAUUUCGACCACCCGGUAUACUGCACCAAUCCCCAAAUCAAUGAAGGUCAUCGAUACCCGCCAAGAACUGAACAAUAUGGCAGGGGAGUACCCACUCGGCUACCUGGAUGAACGAAAUGGAGGGUAUUACCUCGUAAACUUCGAUCAUAGCACGUUGGCCGUUACCUCGGACUCCUUGUGUGAAGAACUUGAUGCCGUGAGCGAAGAAGCUGAGCGGUAUCUUGAAUUUACUCAGAGGGUUGUUAUGAGCGAGCAAAGCUGCUGCGCUUUAAAAUGA